UUCAUGAUGAUGUAUAAAAUGGAGGCUCUGCCCACCUGCCUGGACAUAAUAUGCAAGCACUGCACAUGCACAGAAGGCCGUGUGCAUACGCACUCACAUUUGCUAACCAGUAGGGAAGGGGUCUGCAUGGCUUUUUAUCAGAGUGGAUACGACACCCAAGCUGUGGGACAGCAAAACUGGGAUGGCAGUUACGACUAUGGGAUUUUCCAGAUAAACAGCAGCUGGUGGUGCAACAAUUACCAGGGCCAUACAGCUAAUGGCUGCAUAAGCCUUGCAGUGUGUUGCUUCCUGACCUGA